AUGAAUAGUAUUCAACGUCGUUUGAAAAAUCUCAAUCCAGUUCCACCAAUUCAUACGAUUGAAACAACACCACCAUCACCACCACCACCACCACCACCACAAUCUACUACUGUUAUUGAUCCUCGAUCACCAUCAGCAAAUAUAGCAAGAACACCUGUUGAUUUACAAACUUAUCAUUUACCAACUGCUCCAAAGAUGAAUAUCAAAUAA